AUGGCUGCAGCAAACACUGGCUAGUUUGCAACCUUUAAUCUGUGGACGCCUGCUCAUUUUCGCUUUAUUGUCGCUUUCGGGCUUCCGUAGGUCUGUCAUGAGGUAACACUCUGUAACACAACGUUAGCGCUCCUUACCCACACAUCCUUUUAAGCAGGUCAUGAGGUAGAAAAGAAAACAGGAGUGACAAUGACGACUGGUGCCGACUGCCGCUCCGUUUUCCAUUUGACCCCAAAUGAUGAGGCUCUGACUGGACUGAGAGAAGUGAACUCCGUCCUGAAGCAGGCUGUAAACACUGACCCAGCCCCAGAGGAGUUGGAAGACAAAUCCCCAGAGGAUGAAAGACAGCGAGAGUCCAGCCUGGUUAGAGAGGUGUCAGACAAGAUGGUCUGCUCAGCCUGCAAAUGCCCCUUUAUUAGUCGUGAAGACCAGAUGGAGCACUACAAGCUCGACUGGCAUCGCUUCAACUUGAGGCUAAAGAUUUCGGGAAUGCCGUCGGUCACAGCUGACGAGUUUGAGAGGAAGACUGGAGCCGGAGACAUGUCAAGUAUCUCAGGCUCAGAGUCCGAUUCAGAGGAAGACUCAGAUAGUGAGAGUGGGGGAACAUACAGCAACGUCACUGGCACUGAUAAUGAGAGCUCAGCUGAGACCAGUUUAUUUAGUGACCGGCUCUCCAGCAAGGUGGUUUUCCAGAACUCAGCUGGACAAUAUCUGUCAGUGUAUCGCUGCAUUCUGCAGGGAAAGUCAGAUGAUGAGCAAGACGCAGCAUCCUCGCUGAAGGCCAUAAGUAAUAAGACUGUGUGGGUCAUUCUAAUGACAGGUGGAGGCCACUUUGCUGGUGCUGUGUUCCAAGGAAAAGAAGUCCUUCAGCACAAGACUUUCCACAGAUACACGGUGCGGGCGAAGCGAGGCACCGCUCAAGGACUCAGAGACUCUCAGAACCGCAGUCACACGCCAAAGUCUGCAGGAGCUGCUCUGAGGCGGCACAAUGAGGCGGCACUGGUCAAGGACAUUCAGGAUCUUCUGGUCAGCUGGGCGGAACACUUGAAGGAGGCCUCUACGAUAUUUGUCCGAGCCCCCAGCUAUAACAAAAGCAUCUUUUUUGGUGGUCGCCUGGCUCCACUUGACAAAAAAGAUCCCAGGGUCCGCACUCUCCCAUUUCCCACACGCAGGGCAACCUUUCGAGAGGCACAGAGGGUACACGAGGUGCUUUCCGCCGUCCAUGUUUAUGGGAAAGAAACAGACGUGUCUGCAGUUUUCAGUCCAGCUAAGAAGACCUGGAAAAAAACUGUCAAACCAACAGCAGAAAUAAAUACCAGUCAAGAGACCGCAGGAGAAAAGCCCGAUAGCUCUGAUGAAGAAGAUGGCGGAGAGAUCCAGCUGGAGAUGGUGGAGCUGACAAUAGGAACUCUGGACCUCAGGGAGUCUGAAAUCUAUCCCCCCAGGCACAGGAGAAGGAGGAGGAAAAAGAAAGAGGAAACUAAACUGCAAAAUGAGGAGUUGAGUAACACAGAGGCAGACAAUCAAGAAGAGGAAGUGCCGGAGGCUACACCAGCAGAAGACGCCCCUCAAGAGACGCAAUCAAAGAACAAGAGGAAGAGGAAAGCACAGAGUAAGAAACAACUGGAAGAAAUUGAUGAUGAAUCAUCAGAGUAUGCCCUGAGGGAUGAGAUGUUUACAGCCUGUAAGGUUGGGGAUGUGGACGCUCUAUGCAGACUCCUUCAGCUUCCUGGAGAAACGUCAGAGAGUCAAGAGCAGCCGGAGAGCAACCCUUCUGAUAUCCCAAGUCCUCUAACUAUCCUUAACAAGCCCAUAGACUCGACAGGGUUCACUUUGCUGCAUGUUGCCUCAGCAGCUGCACAGAAGGCCGUGGUCAGGCUGCUCCUGGACGCAGGCGCAGACCCAGCCUGCAGGAAUAACAAAGGGCAGACGCCGUAUAUCGUCGCCCCUGACAAAGACACGAGGAACGUCUUUCGUAAAUACAUGGGUGAGAAUCCUGACAAAUACGACUACAUCAAGGCGCAGGUCCCCGGGCCGCUAACGGCAGAGAUUGAAUCGAAAAAGACAGAGAAGAAAAAGGCACAGAAGGCGCUGAGGAAACAGCGAGAGAAAGAGCAGAAGGAGGAAAAGAGGAAACAAGAGUCGGAGGCAGAAGAGAAGAAGAGGUUUGCAUCUCUGACUGAUCGUGAAAAGAGAGCUCUGGCAGCAGAGAGGAGGUUAGCGGAGCAGGUAGCUGCAACAGGAGUCGGUCUCUCCAAUGUCAAGAGGUGCUGGAUGUGUGGAGAGUCUCUGCUCGGGAAGAUCCCAUUUCAGUACCUCGAGUUUUCCUUCUGCACCCCUCGCUGUGUCCAAGCACAUCGAAAAGCCAAUGCUCUUCCAGGCAAGACCUAAAACCUACCUGUGCGGAAAAUCUUACCUGGAAGGAAGC